UCCAGAAGUGGAACUGCCUGUAAAAAAGUUUGUACAUUUUUUGAUUGACUUUAGAGACAGAGAGAGAGGGUGAGAGAGAAACAUGGAUUUGCUGUUCCACUGACUGAUGCAUUCAUUGGUUGAUUCUUGUAUGUGCCCUGAGCAGGGAUUGAGGCCGCAACCUUGGCCUAUUGGGAAGACGCUCUAACCACUUAGGGAACCCUGCCAAGGUGAAAGUCUGAAUAUUUGAAGGCUUUCAGUAAAUGUUGCCCACGGACCCUUCGCCAGCAGAGCAUGGGGGUCAAGUGUCUCCAUUCUGGAAUAUGGCAUCUCCCUCUCCAAUAUAGCACCGCUCUCCCCCGGGUGGUGGUUCCAGGCCGUGGGUCCCACCUCAUGACGCCCUCUAUUGGUUUGCAGAUCCCCUGGAAACAUAGCCAUGGCCUUUUUCAUCCACCCCAAUUGCCAGGUAGUGAGUUUCGCCCUCAACACCCUUGGAUGGAUGUUCUCCAUGAUUUGCAUGGGCCUGACCAGGUGGCGAGUGUGGUACAUGGAGAGCAUCUCCGCCCCCUCCCAGGGGCUGGCCUGCAUAGGGAUGUGGAAGGUCUGCACUUACCAGUCCGCCAACCUCCAUAGCAGAAAAAUAGAGUGUCACCGCUACACCUACAGUGACACCUACCUGCCGCUCGAUAUCCGCAUCGUUCAGAACCUGCUGCUGGCCGCCAGCCUCCUCGGGCUCCUGGGAAAAGUGCUCACAGUCAUGGGCCUGCGGAGAGUGUACUCGGGACAGCUUCAGAAGGACACCACCUGCAAUCUGUUCUGCGCUUCCGGAGUCCUGAGCAUCAUAGCGGGGGCAUUUAUACUCAUUGCUGUGACCUGGAACUACCACUCCGUGAUGAAUGAAGAGGGCAUACGCUUCCCACCAUCCUUCCACAUCCCCUUCAGGCCCGACCGGCAGGAGAUCGGCAGCACCGUGCCCGUGGCGAUUCUGGCUGCCUUCCUCAUGAUGUUGAGUGGGCUGCUGACCACCUCUUUCCAGCCGCUCCCCAACAUCGAAGUGGAGCCUGAAGUCUUGCAGGUGUGA